CGCCGUGAUUGGUCCGCGGCCGUGACGCGCGCGGCGGGGCGGAAGUGGCGGCUCCGACCAUGGACAGCAGUGAUGACAUUGAAGAUGUGUCUCUCUUUGAUGCAGACGAUGAUGUAUCCAGGAGAUCCAAAAAGUCAAAAAUAAGGCACCCAGUGGCAUCAUUUUUCCACUUGUUCUUCCGAGUCAGUGCCAUCGUUGUUUACCUGCUCUGUGAGCUCCUAACCAGCAGCUUCAUUGCCUGCAUGGUGACCAUCAUCCUCCUCCUGUCCUGUGACUUCUGGGCUGUAAAGAACGUCACAGGGCGGCUCAUGGUCGGCCUUCGCUGGUGGAACCAGGUGGAUGAUGAUGGCAGAAGUCACUGGGUGUUUGAGGCCAGGAAGGGGUCAGCACAAGGGGGUAAAACCUCAUCUGAAGCAGAGUCCCGAAUUUUCUGGCUAGGCCUGAUCACCUGCCCCAUGAUCUGGGUGAUCUUUGCCUUCAGUGCUCUCUUCUCUUUCAAAGUGAAGUGGUUGGCAGUGGUGGUGAUGGGGGUGGUGCUGCAGGGAGCCAACCUCUACGGCUACAUCAGGUGUAAAGUUGGCAGCAGGAAGAACCUGACCAGCAUAGCAACCAACUACCUGGGGAAGCAGUUCCUGCGGCAGACCAUGGCUACAGAGGACCAAGCAGCAUCCUGAGUGUGGUGGGAGCCUCCAGCCAGGCUGCAUUCCCAGCAGUGACCAACACAGAAGUUGCUCUGACCAAUUUGGGAGCUGCACACAAGGUGUGAAUCAAAAGAAGUAAAUAAAUUUUGCAAGACUUGAGGUUAACACUCCUGGCAACUUAUAUUCCAUUUUCCACUAGCAGUUUGUGUUUAAGUCUUCUCUUUAGUUUGAUUAACAAGAAUUAAUUUGCUUAAACUUUAAAUUAAAAGAUAGCCUGAGUGGGUUUCAUAGAGGUUUAGAACUACUGGAUGAGUUAAAAAAAAUUGCUGGAGAGUCUUCAGAAAAGCCAUGUACAAGCCAAGCCUUGGGAACUCUCCUGCUCCUUCAGCACUUGGUGCCUGGCUGCUUUCAGCUGUGGGCUUUCAGGUUUGGCUCUUGGAGGUUGUUGCUGCACUAUAAAGAGUGACUUUUUGGCCCUGCAUCCCUGACUGUGUGACUGGAAUGGCACUGAGUGGCUGCAGUGAGGGGCAUCUGAAGGAAAUGGAGCUGCUGGAAGAUCCCUGAGGUCCCAUGGCAGCUGCAGAAGGUGACCUGUGAGCUGGCCCUGGUUUCUGAAGCCUUCACAGACCUGGAGAACAUCCUAAAGCCCUGGAUCUGUGGGAUCCCUGCAGGGCUGUGAGAGCAGCCUUGUGUGCCUGGCCUGUCACCCUGAGGCUGUGUGGUGUCCUGCAGGGGACCCUGGGGCCAUGGCCUGUCCUGGAGGGGACCCUGGGGCCAUGGCCAGUCCUGGAGGGGACCCUGGGGCCAUGGCCUGCCCUGGAGGGGACCCUGGGGCCAUGGGGCUGCUCCUCAGACCAGCAGGGUGUGGGGAUGGGAGUUCCUGGCACAGGGGUGGCACUGGCAGGGUGUCACCCUCCUGCAGAGCCCUCCGUGCUGUCCCUGAGCUGGGGAGAGCCCAGCUGGGUGCCAGUGCUCACAGGGGUGGCACUGCUGUGUGUGAGCUCACCCCUGCACAGGGAGCAGCUCAGCUCCUUCUCUGGGCUCUGCCCUGAGCUUGUGCUUCCACAGCAGCAGGUGCUGAACGUUCUGGGUCAGGAUUGUGACUGAAGAAUUCACAUGAUGGUUUCUUUCUGACUCCUGUGUGCUGUGCAUUGUGGGGUUGCAUUACCCCGGUUCCUCUCCCUGUGCUCUGCAGUACUGGCAGCUGUACGUUUGUUAGCUCUGAUUGAUACCUUCCUUUUGUAAAUACGUAUUUAUAAAAUCUUGAAAUUAAAAUGCUGCUUUGUUUAACCA